AUGACGAAGAAAGCUGUAUUAAUCGGAAUCAACUACCCUGGAACCAAGGCCGAGCUACGAGGCUGUGUCAACGAUGUUCAAAGGAUGCAGAAAAGCCUAGUCGAUAGGCUUGGUUUCUUAGAGAGAAACAUCAAUGUUCUGAUCGAUACUGACGAUUCUUACACCAAACCUACCGGUAAAAACAUCAGACGGGCGUUGUUGAAUCUAGUUGAGUCAGCUAAAUCUGGAGACGUUCUCGUUGUUCAUUACAGUGGACAUGGGACGAGGUUGCCGGCAGAGACUGGAGAAGAUGAUGAUACUGGUUACGAUGAGUGUAUUGUUCCAUGCGAUAUGAAUCUUAUCACUGAUGAUGAAUUCAGGGAAUUUGUGAAGAAGGUUCCAAAAGACGCACACAUCACAAUCAUCUCAGACUCUUGUCACAGUGGUGGUCUCAUAGAUGAAGCUAAGGAGCAGAUAGGAGAGAGCACAAAGAAGAAGAAUAAGCCAAAGAAGUAUAAAGGCUCUUCAGGACAUGGAAGCAAAGGCUUUGUGCUUGAGGCUGUGGAAGAAGCAUUUGAAUCUCGAGACAUCAACGUUGAUGAAGAAGAAGAAACCAAGAAUAUUGAGCUAGAAAAUGGGGACAAAGUCCAUGUCGGAAACAAAUCUCUACCUCUACAAACCUUAAUAGACAUCCUCAAGCUAGACACGGGCAAUGAUGAUAUCGCACUUGGUAAAAUCAGACCAACACUUUUCAACGUGUUUGGAGAAGAUGCAUCUUCAAAAGUGAAGAAGUUCAUGAAAGUGCUUCUAACAAAGCUGCAAGAAGGUGAAAAUGAUCAAGGUGGUCUGAUGGGAAUGAUUGGGAAACUAACACAAGAGUUUAUUGAACAUAAACUCAAUGAUGAUGAAGAGAGAAAGCAAGAGGUCUAUGCAGGUGAAAGCAAUUGUUCUAUUGCGUGUAACGGUAUUUUGAUUAGUGGUUGCCAAACUGAUCAAACUUCAGCAGACGCAAGUCCUGUAGGUCAACCUGAAAUGGCUUAUGGAGCAUUCACUAAUGCUGUGCAGAUCAUACUUGAGGAGAGUAAUGGUAAGGUUACAUACAAAGAACUUGUUAUGAAAGCAAGAAAGCUUCUUAAGAAACAGGGCUUUACGCAACGACCGGGCCUGUAUUGUAGUGAUGGUUACGUGAAUGCUCCGUUUAUUUGUUGA